AUGGCUCCUCAACUUGCAUGGCUGGGCCUCGGCAACAUGGGCAGGGGCAUGUGCAAAAACAUCGCAGAGAAGGGCAACCUCUCGAAGCCUCUCAUCGUCUACAACCGCACAACGAAGCGAGCCGAAGAGCUGGUCGCGAAAACCGGCAAUUCGACCGUUGCAACCACAAUCAAAGAAGCCGUCUCCAACGCAGACAUCAUAUUCUACUGUGUAGGCGAUGACCCUGCCGUCUUGUCUACGGUCGAAGAGAUCCUCAAAACAGAUGUCAAAGGGAAGCUGUUGGUGGACUGCAGCACUGUCCAUCCAGACACCACAUCGAAGGAGGCAUCAAUGAUUGAAGAGAAGGGUGCCAGCUUCGUCGCAUGCCCAGUCUUUGGCGCUCCUGCCAUGGCCGACGCCGGACAGCUCAUUUGCGUCAUCGCCGGCAAGGCAGACGCCGUGGAGAAGGUAUUGCCAUAUACCAAGGGCGUGAUGUCAAGAGCCAACCUCGACUUUUCUGGUCAAGAACCGCGCAAAGCCACACUGCUGAAAGUCAUUGGAAACACGUUCAUCGUGAACAUGGUCACAGUCUUGUCCGAAGGUCACGUAGUGGCCGAGAAGACAGGCCUAGGAGUUGAGGACCUGCACAAGUACAUCGAGAUCAUGUUCCCAGGUCCCUAUACCGCCUACUCGAACAGAUUGAUGAACGGAGACUACUACAAGCGUGAGGAGCCGCUCUUCGCGGUGGACCUGGCACGAAAGGACGCCCGACACGCAAUGGACUUGGCCAAGAGCGCUGGUGUUCAGAUGAAGGGUGUCGAGCUCGCGGACUCUUAUCUGAAAGUGGUCAAAGAAACUCAGGGCGCCAAAGGUGACAUUGCUGGCAUUUACGGCGCGAAGAGGUUGGAAUCUGAACUAAAGUUCGAGAACUAA